UUGACUUCUAACUUUCUUCCUUUUUGUUUCUCUUCUGCACUUUCAUUUUCACUGCCCAGUGUCUCUUUCGGUUAUCCAUUUUUUGUGUGCACUUUGCUGUCUGUAUGUGACCAGAGCAACACGCCUGGUAAUCAAGCCAGUGGCAGGUGUGGAAGAAUGUGGCGACGGGAGUGAAGGUUCGUGGUGCAGCUUGAACCUUAUAAAAUUGCUCUUGGUUAAUACAAGAGCCUGUGAGAGUCUCUGUAAACUCCUGUCAAGAGCAGGCGCCCUGUGGGGUCCAGAGGGAGAAACUUAGACCACCCUGCCUGGGGCCAUCUGCUGCGGGCUGCGGGAUCUGCAGAGCUCCUCCAUCCUCUGCUCUUGCUCCUACCAGUCGGAGGUCUGUACAUGGCUACUGAUGGCAGCACUCUUCAGGUCCCUUUGCGUCAGAAGCCAAGGAAGAAAACUCAAGGUUUUUUCACGAUGAGUCGGAGAAGAAUAUCAUGUAAAGAUCUGGGACAUGCCGACUGCCAGGGGUGGCUGUAUAAGAAAAAGGAGAAGGGAACUUUCCUGAGUAACAAAUGGAAAAAGUUCUGGGUGGUGCUGAAGGGGUCAUCGCUGUACUGGUAUAGCAAUCAAAUGGCAGAGAGAGCGGAUGGAUUCGUCAGUCUGUCUGAUUUCUGUGUGGAAAGAGCAUCUGAGUGCAAGAAGAAACAUGCAUUUAAGAUCAAUCAUCCUCAGAUCAAGACCUUUUAUUUUGCAGCUGAGAAUUUACAGGAAAUGAACGUGUGGUUAAGUAAGCUUGGACUAGCUGUAACCCAUCAAGAAACAACUACAAAGGAUGAAGAAUGCUAUAGUGAGAGUGAGCAGGAAGAGUCUGAACUAGCUGGGGAGACACCCCCACCUCCUUAUGCUUCCCAGACCUCAUCGCCUGUGACUGCCCGGCAAGCAUCUUCAUCCUCACCCAAGCUGGGUGCGGCCUCUAGCUGUUCCUCUUUGGAGAGUAAAAUAAAGACACCCAGCAGCUUUUCUUCCUCGGCAUCUAAAGAAAGGCAGUCCUGGCUUGACAUCGUUAACAGCUCACCUGUGGCCGAAGAUGUGGGGCAGCCCCAGGUGUUUGCUGUACAGGUCCAUGAGCCGGCGCGGACCUCAGAGGCACACAGUCACAGGGCCUCCGAAAACAGCUCGAUUGUCUCAGAAAGUGGGUUUUUGAACUCUUUGUCUAGUGAUGACACAUCUUCAUUGAGUAGCAAUCAAGACCAUCUGACUAUCCCGGACAAAUCUACUGGAUCAAGGAUGACAGAUAGAGAAGAAACAAAAGCAUGUGAAGACGAUGAGAUGGAGAAGCUCUACAAAUCAUUAGAGCAGGCUAGUCUAUCUCCGCUUGGCGACCGGCGACCUUCCACCAAAAAGGAGUUGAGAAAGUCCUUUGUUAAACGCUGCAAAAAUCCAUCCAUAAAUGAGAAACUGCACAAAAUCCGCACCCUGAAUAGCACGUUAAAGUGUAAAGAACACGAUCUGGCCGUGAUCAACCAGCUGCUGGACGAUCCCAAAUUGACAGCCAGGAAAUACAGAGAAUGGAAGGUGAUGAACACCUUGCUGAUCCAGGACAUCUAUCAGCAGCAGCAGACCCCGUCCGCCUCGGACAACACCUCUGAGGAGCUCCAGGAGCCGCCUUCCACCUGUGUGGAAAAUUCUAUCUGAGACGAAGCCAGGAUUCUCCCCCUCUUACCUCUUACCUCGUCCGGCAAACAGCUCUACAAGAUGCUGCAUUUCCUCCUAGAUGAAACCCAGUCUGUCCCUCACCAGUCCCCCCUUCGGAGCUGCCCCUUCGGUGAAGACCACCCCCAAAGACAGCAGGGCUUAUUGUCCCAAGUCUGUCACCACGAUCAAGACUGGGGUGUUGGUGGUCAGUUGACUAGACCGGUUUCUGUGUUCUACCCGGAGCUCACAUCGAUGGGGAUGCCGGAUGGCACCUGAGUAAUGUGUCCUCUGUCCUGGCUUUUGAGAAAAUGACAACUUACCACGGACAAGAGAUCCGGUGUCAUUGGUGAUCAUGACUCACAGACACCCCCUGUGUUCCAAAAGAAGCAUGCUGGUGGGUCCUCACUCUGAUGACAGUGCCGUUCUCCAAGGGACAUUUCCGCUGCAGGAAUGUUCUCUGUAGUAGUAGUUGGGACAAGAUACACGUUGCAUCAUGGACUAGAAAUGUCUCACCUCUCGUGUGAGUAAAGUAUGGAUCCUUUGUCAGUGGAGAAAUUCUUUAUGGAGGCUCAGGCCGGGGCAUGCUGUAGACUCAACUCAAGGGUCAUGUUGAUAUUUUCCCUUUUCCCAGGUGGAAGACUGUGAGUAAUGUUGCUUUUCUUCAGAGCAACCGAGAACAAAGACUGUUAUUAUAGUUGAAGGCCUCUACUCCCGGCUAACUUCCGCAAAUAGCUGGUACUCAGCCCGACCAGGAAGACCAGGCUGAUGUUGUCUUGGGCUCUGGCGCCUGUCACAUGAUAUGAAUUCAUACCCAGUUUUCCUGGGAUCAACAUGGAGAGAUGAUUCUGGCUUCAGCGUUGUUUCUACCUGGGGAAGGGGGAGGAGAGGGGAUGCACACAAAUGAACCAAACAACGUCAACGAAGGAGUUAAAGAAGAUUGUUUUAUUUUUGUAUGUUUAUGUGUUCCACCGUGUGUUAUGUGGAUAGCAAUCUAUGUUUCUUAUUUAAAUAUAUUUAUAGAAGUUCCAAUUAUAGUGUUCUCAAAGAUGAUAUACUAUUAUAUGGUUGGUUUGGUAAUAUAAAUUCUGGAAGUAUAUAUACUUUUUGCCUGAGAGAAGUAAGCAUAGUAUUGAUGUACGAGAAUUAUGUUGCACUAUAUGCUGUCAGGAAUGCUCAGGAAAUCCUGUGGGGAAAAUAUGGAGCAUGUGUUGAUCAUUUUGUCUCUCUCGCUUGCUUGUUCUUUCUCUUUUUCUCUUACUUUCCUCUUCUCCCUCUCUCUCAAUCUCUCCAGAUCUUGCUCUUAAGUUUUUCUAUCCUAAGCCAGCCUCUUAACUAAACCUAAAGCUUUACAACACUUACAUCCAUAAACUCUAGACCAAAUGAAACACAAAAUUUAAUACAAUCUCCUUGCUAAAGAAUAUGGGUUUGGGGUUUGUUAUUAAAGCUUGCUCAAAGAAAACCAACUCCGUUUGUCUUCAUUGCUUAGCACAAUGAAGCUUUCUCAUCAUGAGAAGAACCAUGACCCACCAGGGCCACGGACCUUCCCUGCCCUCGGAAAGUUGUUGACAUGACACACCUCACUAUGUCAUAACUCUGCAGUUGCGGCUUGCCAUUCAUGUGGAAAUAACCACCCCGUUUGCAUCUGUGCAUGCAGCGGAAAUAGUGGCUGAGUGUUUUCUCCAGCCUAAAAUGUCUUCAGUCUCUGUAAACAAGGGUUAAGAAAGAACACAAUAGAAAAUCCAGAAGGCAGGUGGAAGGAGCUCCAAACAUUUUUGAUCAGGAAUUUACUGGUAUAUUUACUUUGGCCUGUUUUUUUUAAUUAAUAUGUAUUUAAUUGACCUUUUACCAUCCUCAUUACAAUUCAAAUUUAAUGUGAAAAACACCCACUGAGUCCUUUUUCCUCCUUUGUAAAUAAAUGCUUUCAUUAGGUUGAGCUAGGAAGCAGGGAUUGCUGACCUGUCGCCAUGCUCAGGGGCAGAAGGGGAAGGAGGAAAGUGACAAGAAGAGCAGGUGGCGCGUAGGAGCCCUGGCGAUUUCUGUCUUGGUCUCAAGUCACUUUUCUGGUCUGAGAAAAGUGGGGAAAAGCGAUAGAUAUUGUGCUGUCAUGUGUGUCCCCGAAAUGGAUGUUGGGGUGAAAGGAGAGAUUCCUGUACUGGAGGAAGGUGUCCUGUGAAGACCCAGAGCCAGGCUGCUCAGUAAGCAGCCGAGGAUCACUGCGCUUCAGUCCCUCCAGACUUCCAGCACUCGCUACAGCCAUCAGAACUGUGGCCUUGGACUCUGGGUUUGUGGAAGCGACCUCUCUGGCUGCCCGAGCCUGUAGACCCAGAGGGAGCCUCCUAGGAGACCCGCACCCCUGCUGCCCUGAAAACAAACGCAGAAUCCCACAUCCUUCUUGCAUUUGAGGUGAUUCUGUCCCUUUGAGGAAUGGCUGCAGUGGCUCAGAAGCUCAGAAUCCAAGUCCUGGAGAGAAUC